CAACAGUUUAAACCGAUUUCAGAUCUGGACGCGACAGGGGUAAUUAGGGUUUUGCUCCGUCUUCCCUGCAAACCCUAGCUGUGAAUCUUCCUGCAUGGAGCACGGCACGGACGGCGAGCGGGCCAGUUUUCACGGCAACGAGGUGAUCUCUGCCGUUCAGGAUGAGGAGCAAUUUUCUGGGGACGAAGAUGAUUACGAUGACCUAUACAAUGACGUCAACGUUGGAGAUGGCUUCUACCAGUCCUCUGUUCACCGUAGCGAAGAUUAUACGGGCAAUUUCUCCAAGGAACCAGAAAAAAAGAGAGAUCCGUCACCGCCGCCUCCGAAUCCCCCGCUCCCUCCUCCGCUAUCGCGAGCUCCUACUGUAAACAUUAACGUUCCGAUCAACGCCGGAGAACCAGAGGUAGAGGUGACGUUCAACAGAUCCGGAUCUUUCCAAGAUGGAAUUGGCGGUUUUGCUUUGCCGGCGAGGCAUGUGACAUCUUCUAGUGAGGUUAGGGCUGAUACGGGGCAGACUUCGGGUAGGCUUGGUGAGAUUCAGGGACAUCCUAGUGGAAAUACCUUUGGGAACAAUGGAUUUCAGAAUCAGGGAAGUGCGUUUGACAACGAGGGUUACCUUAGGCAAGGAACAGCUAGUAUUGCCACCACUAGCAACAAUCCCACCCCUGUCACCUCUGCAGGAGUUGGAGGAGUUGCAGCAGCUGGAGCUCCAGCUGUUUUAGGAGGGAAUAUAAAUGGUGCUGGAGGAGGUGGGACCACCACUCUUUUUGUUGGAGAUCUUCAAUGGUGGACAACCGAUGCUGAGCUUGAGGCCGAGCUUUGCAAGUACGGAGCUGUGAGAGAAGUGAGGUUCUUUGAUGAGAAGGCUAGUGGAAAAUCGAAAGGAUAUGCUCAGGUUGAUUUCUACGAUCCAGCAGCUGCCGCUGCCUGCAAGGAGGGUAUGAAUGGCCAUAUCUUUAAUGAUAAGCCCUGUGUUGUGGCCUUUUCAUCACCACAUGGUGUUAGACGGCUUGGAGAGGGGCAUAUGGUUAGAAACCCACAAAACAUGCCCCAGGCCCAACCACAGUCUGCAUUUGUGCAAAAGGGCAGAGGAGGAGGAGGUGGAGGAGGAGGAGGAGGAGGUCAUAUAGGAGGGAAUUUUGGAAGAGGGGGUGGUGGUAAUUGGGGAAGAGGUGUGAUGGGCAAUAGAGGGCCAAUGGUGAAUAUGAGGAACCGUGCUGGGCCUAUUGGUGGUAGAGGUAUUAUGGGAAAUGGUGGGAUGGUAGCGCCUCCACCUGCAGUGCUACACCCAGGUGCCAUGUUGGGACAUGGAUUUGAUCCCACCGGUUAUGGAGCAUCAAUGGGUAGAAUGGGUGUUGGGUUUGGAGGAUUUCCUGGGUCUGCUGCUGGUGCAUUCACAGGAAUGAUACCUUCUUUUCCCCCAGUAGUGGCACCUCAUGUUAACCCAGCUUUCUUUGGAAGGGGGAUGGCCCCUAGUAGCAUGGGAAUGUGGCCAGAUCCUAGCAUGGGCAGUUGGGGCGUUGAUGAACAAUCUAGUUAUGGGGAUGAUGCUGUUUCAGAUCAGCAAUAUGGGGAUGGAAAUCACGGAAAGGAUAGAGGUGCUAGUCGCGAUUGGUCGAGUACUUAUGACAAAAGGCAAAUGACUGAUAAAGACAUGGGAUCUGGGUCAGAAUGGUCUGAGAGGAGACCUAAUGAGGAAAGGGAUAUGGGUCGGAUGAGGGAUCGAGAUUUGGAUAGAGAUAGACAAAGGGAAAGGGAGAAGGAUAGGGAAAGGGACCGUGAGAGGGAGCGAGAAAGAGAGAGGGAUAGGGAUAGAGAAAGAGAACGGGACAGGUAUAAUGAUGAUAGAGACAGACAUUUGGAACACUACAGGCAUAGGGAACAUGAAUUAGAGAGGGAUGGUGAGUGGGAUAGAGGACGAUCAUCCAAGGUUCGAAGCAGCUCACGGGAGAUUGAGAAUGUGAAGAGACGCCGACCAUCUGAAUGAGCGGGGCCCUUAGCAGUUUUCCUUGGCAUAAGAUGCUGCUAUUGAGUUUUGCCCUUGACAUGCUUGUGGUUUAAUGCUCAUUGCAUAUUUUUGUCGAGGAUUUUUGCAAGGGCUUGGCUUAUACACUAGCUGGAAGCGGAAAAGAUGGACCGCCAAGGCUAAAUAUAGGUAGAUAUUGUGCAACAACAACAACAACGAGCUUUUAUCCCACUACAUGCCCGGCUGGAUUGCAGAUUUUAAUUCACGGUUGCUGUUUCUCUAAUUAGCUUAUGAUUGAACGAAAGGAUUUUGGCCCCUCGCUUUUAUCCAUCCAGUUUAUUAUGAUGUGGUCCUGACUUAUAAAAGCUUUGUUACUGUACCAAUUACUUCUUUUAGUAGAUUGCUUUGUGCAGACUAUUUAAGAAAAAGAGGAUUAGCCUCUUGAUAAUAUGAUGUUAAUCUCAUUGUUUAUUUAAGAACUAAGUAUGCACAUCUCCAGGAUUGUUGGAUUUCAACCAUGCAGCAGGAUCAACGAGCAGUUGCCGAAGCUUUCACUAUGUUGAUGGCUGGAUGGGUUUCUUUUGUAAUUUUGUUUAGAUUUAGAUCCACUGUAUCCCUUUAGUUUUGCCUGAUUCUAUUGUGGUUGCUGCUGCUGCUCCUGUUUUUAUUUUUUCCCCUUUUAGUAACGCCUCUUUUUCAUCUUAUUUUGUUCUGUUCUUUUAACCAAUUGUAAAUAGACCUAAGAGCAGGGUUACACUGUACAUGUGCUGGAGCCAAGCAGCUUUAUCACCUUGAGUGUAAAGAACACCAAAGUAAAAUAAUGCAUGAGAAGUAUUGCUUUUU